AAUAUAAUAACCCACAAAACCAUCAAAUAGAUCUCAAAACAAAUCUUUACAUUUCAUAGCCAAUAUCUCAAAUCACGUUUUUCUUCAUCUCUUCUGAACCUCAAAAUUCACAUCAACCAUCACCAUUAUCAUAUUCUUUGAUAUUUUCUUCUUUGCUGAAAUCAAAAAAAAAAAAUCUUUUACUUAAAGACUCCAAGAAUCCGGGACGGUUUCUGUUGUGAUAAUCUUUUGUGUGUGUUUUAGAGUUUGAAAAAUGGAAGAAAAUAAUGAUGUUUUUCAGACAACGUUCAGUCCCAAAAUCUCAGAAAUCAGAGCUUCUCUUUCUCAGAUCAUAUUAGCAGGAGGACCAAACACGCUCGACUCAGUCUUCUCAUUUCUCGCUACUUCCUCCGCCACAACAUCAUCCCUCGACACGCUCAACCCUCCGCCACCGCAGCUCGGCUCCUCCGUCUAUCUCCACCAACGAGAUCUCAUAGAGAGACUCCACCUUCAAAACAGAGCAAUCUCCACUCCUCCUCCUCUGUUUUCCUCAUCGUUCGAUCAUCAUCAAUCUUCUCCAUCCGCAGCUUUCGCCGCAGCGUUAGGGAGGACGACGGCGAAAAAGAAGAAGCUUUACAGAGGAGUGAGGCAGAGACACUGGGGAAAAUGGGUCGCUGAGAUAAGACUGCCCCAAAACAGAAUGAGGGUUUGGUUAGGCACUUACGACACCGCGGAAGCCGCCGCCUACGCUUACGAUCGCGCCGCGUAUAAGCUCCGAGGAGAGUACGCUCGUCUCAACUUCCCGAACCUCAAGGACCCGAGCGAGCUGCUCGGACUCGGAGACUCCGCUAAGCUGACCGCUCUCAAAAACGCAGUCGACGGGAAGAUCCAGUCGAUUUGCCAGAGAGUGAGAAGAGAGAGAGCCAAAAAGAACGGGAAAGGGAGCAAAGAUUCUUCUUCCACGGCGACGACGGUGGACUCUUCGUAUUCGUCCUCGUCGGAGAUUCUGUCUUCACCGGCGGCAACGGUGACUGCCACCGUGGUUAGUUCAGAGGGUAGUUACUGGAAUAGCGAGAAGAGCUUUCUGGGGACGACAGGGGAGGAAGAGACGAUGAUGGGAGUGGACACUGAUGGGUUUUUGCUUGCGAGGAUGCCAUCGUUUGAUCCUGAGCUUAUUUGGGAAGUUCUCGCUAAUUAAUUACCAUACAAAAACUGUGAAUUUUGAUCAGACUCGCAAGCAAGAAGAUUAAAAAAAGAAAAACUUUGAAACAUGAUGAGAACGUUAGGGGUUUAGGUGUGAAUUAGGGGAACCGGAUCUUUUGUUAAAAUCGUUUCGAAAGUUGUUAAAUAAUGGAAUAUUUUAGGGUUUUUAAUUAAAACUUAAGCCUCGUGGUUUUUGAGAGAGAGGUUGUGAAAGCUCCUUUUUUUUUUGAAUAUAUAUUGUAAUCAUCCAAGGACUUUCUGAUUGUAAUGUGAACCAUUAUUAUAAGUUACAACUUUUAUUUGUGCAAGGC